UUAUACGACUUCGGAACUUCUAGGUAGUAUUAUUUCAGGCUAAUAUUUCUUAGCUGCUGGCAUAAUAAUAAACGUUACACGGGUACACGUGGUUUCACCGCCUUUAAAUUCGCCUUUGAUGCUAAUCAGAAACAUAAAGGUAAUGCUGUGUCCUUGAUCCUUGUCCUUCAGCUCCUCAACAAACGUCCCGAACGAUCACGUCAAACACAGCGCCGUGUACAGUCAGCCCGCUCUGUGCAUAUUUUAUGCGUACACUGUCUCCACGUCUCCAAAAGCUCCUGUUCACAGGUGACACUGUACAAACAAGAUUAUGGAUGUGCCACUGUCCUGUCAAAAUACAUUAAGACUCAGCGCUGACGGACAUUCUGGGAGACUUUGAUGUGGCUGCGGCUGUAAGAGCGCGGAUUCGCUCUGGUCCUAUCAUCCUCUUGGUGAGGUGAAGAGCGUCAACGGCGGGGCAGAGCUUUGCGCGUUCACGCGAAACCUAUAAACGGACGUGGCGCGCGGAGAGCUGUGAGUAGUGUGUGGAGAAAUGAGGAGAGAAUAACGGCGGCAGAGGAUGGCAUCUACAGCGCCAUGGGAGAUAAUCUGAUGACACAUGCAACAGAAAUGCUGCAAAUGCCAUCUGCACAAACUUUUUUCUCUGUGUUCUGAAGACACGGCAGCUCUUCAACUUUGCCCUACGAGGUGAUAUGUGAGAAGGAGAGGCCAACCAUGCAGCUGAAUGAGUCUGGAGUUCAAACGGUGGCACCCGAGCCAUGUCAGCAACAAAUACUACAGGACGACUACAAUGGGAACUGCAGCGAAGGUUCCACCACUAACAUGUCACUGCACUGCUGGCUGCAGCUCCUCACCAAGGAAUCUAUCAUGGAAAUUCAAGGAGACAGCUCCAGCGUAGUGGUACGUGUGAUGAUAGCGUGUGUCUACUCUAUCGUCUGCGCUCUGGGGCUGGUGGGGAAUUCACUGGCUCUGUAUCUGUUGCACUCCCGUUACAGGCAGAAGCAGUCGUCCAUCAACUGCUUUGUGAUGGGGCUGGCUAUCACAGAUCUACAGUUUGUUUUGACCUUGCCUUUCUGGGCAGUGGACACAGCCCUGGACUUCCGCUGGCCGUUUGGUCGUGUGAUGUGCAAACUCAUCAGCUCUGUCACCACCAUGAACAUGUAUGCCAGUGUAUUCUUCCUCACAGCUAUGAGCGUGGCACGUUAUUACUCCAUCUCCUCCGCACUGAAGAUACACAGCCGACGGACAGCAGCUGCCAGAGCCAGGUGGACCAGCCUGUGCAUCUGGGCUGUUUCUUUGCUGGCCACUUUGCCUCAUGCCAUCUACUCCACCAGUGCCCAAGUAUCUGAUGAGGAGCUUUGCCUGGUGCGCUUCCCAGACUCUGGCAGUUGGGAUCCACAGCUCCUUCUGGGUCUAUAUCAGCUUCAAAAGGUCCUAGUAGGUUUCCUUAUUCCUCUAGUUAUAAUCACCGUCUGCUAUCUGCUGCUGCUUCGCUUCAUCCUAAGCCGGCGCAUUGCAGGUGCAGCGGGCCCAGAGGCAAACCAAAGCCGGCAAAAGCGUCAUUCCAAAGUGACUAAAUCCAUUGUCAUCGUAGUUCUCUCCUUCUUUCUCUGCUGGCUUCCUAAUCAGGCACUGACACUGUGGGGUGUGCUCAUAAAGUUUGACCUUGUGCCCUUCAGCAAAGCUUUCUACAAUGCACAGGCCUAUGCUUUCCCUCUGACUGUUUGCUUGGCGCACACCAACAGCUGCCUCAACCCUGUGCUCUACUGCCUGAUCCGCCGGGAGUUUCGGGCAGGCCUCAAGGAACUUCUCCUGCACGCCACGCCAUCUUUCAGGAGCCUGACUCAUCUGCUGCGUCGCAAGGCCAAAGUGGCUGAGGCACCACCUGUUUUGGUGCUGGUCCAAAUGGAUGUCUGACUGGGAUGAUUGGGGAACUCGAAACAUUCCACCUGCGGUACUAUUGAUCUGUUUACCAAGAGGGCAUAUGUCUCACCUACUCUGUCGAUGCAGAAAAUUGCAUUUCUUUUAAAAAACAAACAAAAAAAAUGCAGAAUUAUAAUGUACUGCACGGUAGGAUGUGCCUCACUUCUACUGUGUUUCUCAAGAUUUCCUCUGCAUCACAUAUUUCUGUUGUUACAGUUGUUCACUGUUUCAGUCUCCCCGCUUCUGUCGAGCAAUACUGCUCUCAUGUCAUGGACAUGUAUAGCUGUUAAUCCAAAGUGAGAUUCAAAUAGUUGCAGCACUCAGGCGUGAUUUUUUUUUUUAUGCAUACCGGUAAAUUACUGUGUUUGUGUUUGUUUACUGGUACAAGUGUGUAAUUCUUUCAUCAGUAUAAUCAAUGGAACAAAUGGAAUCAAAAUAAUUAAUUUUAAAAAAGCAGGACAGUGAUGCUUAGAAGUGUUUGCUUUAUUUAAAAUAUCAUAAAAGAAAAGAGCAAUUUAAUCGCCUGUUGUUGUAUCUGUGGAAAAACUAAAGAAAUG